CGUGGCGGGGAAUCAAGACGACGACAACAACAAACUUUCAUUAUUCAGCAGCAGCAGGACAAUUUUAGGUUUAAUGUUAUAUAAAAUCUGACCUCAAAGAUGGUUGAAGGUCCGGGGUGCACAUUAAACGGAGAGAAGAUCCGGUCUAAAGUCAAAAAAGGACAGAAAGCGAAGGAGCUGAGAGGCAGUUUGACAAAAUCCACCAAAAAUAACCCAGAAGGAAAUGUCUUCCAAAGGUUUAAUGGUUGUCUCUACACCGGGGUUGACACUCUGGGCAAGGAGCUCUUCAUGUACUUCGGUCCGAAAGCGUUGAGAGUCCACUUUGGUAUGAAUGGAUCGAUGCGUAUAAACCCUGCUGAGAGAAAGGAGAGAACUGGCUCCGCACCAGUGCUGGAAAUACACCUGACUAACGACAUUGUGUGCUUCUUUGACAGCACCGUGGAAAUAAGGUUGACAGAGGACUGUGAGCAAAGGGUGAGGGCUAUGGAGAGUCUGGAUGUGUGCUCCCCCAAGUUCAGCUUCUCCCGCUCAGAGGAGGCAGUCAGGAGCCAAAGCAGCAGGAUGCUCUGUGACGUUCUCCUAGACCAGGCUGUCAUGCCAGGAGUCGGCAACAUCAUUAAAAACGAAGCCCUGUUUGACUCGGGCCUCCACCCAGCCGUGAAGGUUCAACAGCUGACUGACGAGCAGAUCCAUCACUUGGUGAAGAUGACGCGGGAUUUCACUCUUCUGUUUUACAAGUGUCGCAAAUCUGGCUCUGCGCUCUACAAACAUUACAAAGUCUACAAGCGUCCCCAGUGUGGCCAGUGCUCUCAUGUCAUCACAGUCUGUCGUCUUGGAGACAACGGCAGGAUGACUUACUUCUGCGAGAGCUGUCAGAAGGGAGAUCCCAGCGGGGUCGACAUCAGUAAGCUCCCGGUCAGAAACAGUUUGAUUGGCUGGGCCUACAACGAGAGAACCAAUGAUAACGUGGCUAAGAGGGAGGAAGAGGACUGGGCCUGUCAACUCUGCACGCUCAUCAACCCGCCAGCAGCAAAAGCCUGUGAUGCCUGCCUCACUCCAAGACCAGAGGUCCACAAAGAUGACAUUAACACUGAGGCAUCACCCUUCACCAGCGAUUUGAUUAAAUAUCCCUGCACUGCCUUCAAGAAGCCACAAGAGGAGCUCAAAGUCAACUGGAGGUCUGCAUUCGGGACUUCCACCCUUGUUUUCUCUGACUUGAGCAAGAAGCCAAAGCCUGUAAACUCCCCACUCUCCCCAGCCGGCAGUCAUUUGAAUUCCUUGGCGGCAGAGCGAGGUUUAUAUAAAUACAGCGUCUGCCAAGGGACAACAAGCCCCAAUUAUGCCUCUGGUGGCUGGCAGAGGCAAAGUGCCGAGCUCUCCAAUGGGGAAUCACUGGCCUCCUACAGUCACCCAUCCAAGAAAAUGAGAAUUGAUCACAGUCCCUUUCCCAGUAACAAUGCUCAAAAUGGAGCCCCCAACUCAGGCACGCGCAAAGUAGAGGCGACAAGCCGCAGCUCGUCCAUUUCUUCCAGUCCCAGCGCCCCUUGUUGUGCAUCCCAUCGUCGCCCAGCUGUCCUCAGAGUGGUCCACAAGGAGGGGGAGAAUAAGGGACGACAGUUCUACGCCUGCUCACUGCCCAGAGAGACCAAGUGUAACUUCUUUGAGUGGGCUGACUUGAACUUCCCUUUCUGUCACCAUGGGAAACGCUGUUUAAUGAGGACGGUUCUGAAACUUGGACCCAACAAUGGCCGGAAUUUCUACACUUGCAGCUUUCAAAAGGGUAAACAGUGUGACUUUUUCCAGUGGGCAGAGAACGGACCGGGGGUAUCCAUCCUCCCCGGUUGUUAAUGUGUCUUAGCAAUGCAUUACAUCUAAGUGAAACCCUGAUGCCUAUACAUCCAGACACAUAAAUGGAUAUAGAGGGAACAGACAACUCAAUCAUUAAAGGUAGACUAUGCAGGAUUGUUAUUUACUCUGUGUAAACAUACUUGCCAGCAAAAGUGACAGUAAAAUCCAACCCCAUAUUCACACUUGUUUGGCGUUUCGCCUCGCUAUAUUUGCAUUUUUCAGCUCUGUGUUUCUUGGAUGCCUGCUACAUACGGUCUGGCACUUGGUCACUACCUUUUUAUAAAGCCCUGACUUCACCUCAGCGCUGUGGGGGUACAAGUUCAUAAACAUCCCGAACACAAAAAAUAUGAAGAAAAUAAGAAGAAAAUACAGGCAGAGGGCAGAGUCUCUGCAGAUAAGUACACCGCCACACACUUCUCGUGGGUCAUUAGUGAUGAUUGAGAGGGAUUACAUCUGUGUGAGUCUAUAUGUUGUUUGUAGAAAAAUCCUGCAUAUUACAUCCUGAACUUUGUGAAAUACACAUUUGUACUGAACUGUGCAUUUAAUGGAGAAUGGUACAAAACUGCACCUGAUCAAGUCUCUAUUUGCAUUUGAUUUGUAUCAUGUCCUUUCGAUAUCCAUGUUUGAGACACGUAUGUUUCCAAGUUAUGAGAAAUAUAUAUGAUUAAUAAAGAAUGCAAAAAAGUCAUCACAAC